AUGUAGAAAAAAGAUGACUACAAGGUGGAAAAAUUGCAAAACACCUUUCAGGGUUUACCUGCAGUUUUUCGCAGCAAGAGUGUGGAGACUCGGCAAAGAACUGCAGAAUAAGACUUGAAUUAUGAAUUGAAGUAUGAAUAUUGAAGUCUGAAUUAUGCUCUGGGGCAGGACCUGGAGACAGAAAAAACAGCAAAUUAGCAGAUGCCUUUGGGAAAAGGCCCCAGCCCAGCUCUUCCUGACAUCACCUGGAAAACUCCUGCCUGGGGAAUUGAAGGCACAUAAGAUGCUGCAGUUCCAGCUGGUGGUGGUGCAUUUGGCCCUGGUGAUUGCCCUGCUGUGGUGGAACUCCAGCUCUGUGCUCCUUGCACAGGCAGCUCCAGAGCCUCUGGAGCCUCCUGCUGCUCUGGGCGUGGGAGACCAUCCCAUUGCCAGUGAAGAGAAAUCAGCCACCAACCUGGCAGCCAAACUGUUCCUGCUUGAUGACUUGGUAUCUCUGGAGAACGAGGUGACUGAGACCAAGAAGAAAAGAAGCUUCCCAGGAUUUGGCUCCCCCAUUGACAGAAUUUCCUCAUCCUCUGUGGAUGCUAAGGGCAAGCAGAGCAUGUUUUCCCUUUCCAGGCAAAGAAAAAAAAAAAAAGGAAAGCGCUGGAGCUGCCUAAGAGAAGGUUUGGAGUUCCUCUGGACCGGAUUGGAGUGAGCCAGCUUGGUGACACCAGGGGUUAGCAGCUCCUGCAGAUGCUUCUAUUCUGAAUGAGUGAUGCUGUAUUGGAAACAUUACAGAGUUUUGGAAGAUGCCUCACAGCAUGUCUUGUCUUUGCCUAAUGAUACAGCACUCAAGGAAUUGACCUCCUGCAAAAUCUGUUUCAAGUUGCAUUUUACAAAUGUUGCAUUUGCAAAUAAUAACAUGUUCAGUUCAUCAGGUCAGAAUGCUCACAGCUGUGCACUGUGUCACUGGUAGGAGGGAACAGAGAAUAUGUAUAUAUUUUUAUUGCAUGGCAUUUAUCUGUUAAACUUGCAGAAUUUUAUUAUCCCAGGCAGAACUGAGUUUUUUGGAUUGAAAAUAAAACUUCCAGAGAUGCCAACAGCAGUCCAUGAAAAGCAAAGAGUUUGCUUUGCACAUUUCUUUCUGGAGGGGAGCUGAUCAGUAGAUGAAGGGAGGAUAUAGCAGUUAUGGGACAAAGCUAGAAUGCUUUUGAUCUGCUGCUUGGGAGGAGAUGUUUUCGGAGUUACUCUGAAUAAGAACAGUGACAAGACCUUAGUGUUUGUCCUGACGUUUUGAGUAAUCUCUCUCUUAUCUCUGCACCAUAUUUAGACAUGUUUUCAUCCUAUGGCAGAUCCUGAAAUGUGGUGAGACUUUUAGUUGAUGAAUACAUUUCACCCCUCCCUAUGCAUAACAUAGGAUAGUGUCCAAAUAUGAGGUCAUCCACUUCCAAGGCCAUCUGCAUCUUGUGCCUUAUUUUAGCCUCUUGAUAUGUGCACAGGGCAUGGUCAGAAUCCAGCUCUAAAAGUUCAAGUAUUUCUCACUCUGGUAAAAUGUAAACAUGUCCUCUCCACUUCAUUUCAGGGUAAAACAGGUUAUGUUAAAUCCUCUUUCAUCCUUUUCACUUCUUCCCAGAUUAUAAAAUACAGCUGAGAAGAGCUCUGGGCUGACAUCUCAAUGCUCAGAUUCCUAACUGAUGUUUUCUAAACCUCACAUUCUCUCUUCUUCUUGGACUUUGGUCCAUAUCAGCUAAAUUCCUUGGAUUGCUAUUCUGGGAUAUAAAUCGUCCUUAGCAUUGCAAAAGAAGAUCCAUUGAGAAAGGGAUUAUGCAGGAUUAAGGGAAAAAAUGUUAUUCUUGCCAAACAGCCUGUGUUAGGCAGGAAGCAAUGCUGGAGAUGGGAAUUAAGUGUUAAUUUCCUGAUUUUGUAUGAGGCACAAAGCACCUGGCCAUCAGCUAGCAAAAAAAAAAAAAAGAAAAAAAAUUAAAAAAUUUUAGAAGUAUACUUAAAAGCUAUUGUAAGGAUUGGGACUUUGGGACAAUUGUCCUGGUUCAGCCAUGGUGAGAGAUGAGGCUCCCACUCAGAAGGGCAGGUGACAUCUAAUUCAUGUGUUCAGACACAGCAGGGGCCUUUUCCAUUUUCCUCCUUGCCUACAGCCAUGCCCAGAGACCAAGGCUGGGCCAGACAUAGAAAAUCUGCAAGAAACUUCACUUUUAUUGAUAUUUCUAAUAUAGGCUGAUGCUGCUGAGAGCAGCAGCAGAAACCAGUGACUCACAUCCAGAGGUGUCCCUGUCUUUGCUAUCUGCCAGAGCACUGCAGCUGUGUUAGGAGACCAUUCCCCCUUUGGUGGGUGAGCUGUCCAUGCUUGUGUGUGAGCUGAAGCACUGCAGAUGCUUUCCAGACCAAGCUCUCAGAGGUCACAGAAAAGAAGAAGGCCUGUAAGUCCAUAUGUGAUGAUCUUGGGUAUUUGCUUCCUGCUUUUCUCCUGAUCACACUGCUAAUUUUCUGCCUUUGAGCCUCCAGGUGAGGGGUGAGAGGUGGGCUCGGUGAGUGCACGUAGACUGACUGACCCAAGAGUUUCAGCCCAUGCUAGAAGCAAGCCUGCAAAUGCAGUGCCAGGCAGUGCAUUGCCACCAUCCAUCCUCAGCCUGCCUUGCAGUUUAGGGAACAUUUAUCUUCUUGCUCUGAGCUCAUCCAGACAGGCUGCAGAUGAUAAUCAGCUUGCAGGGCAGCCAUAUGUAUGGGGCAUGGGCAGAUUAUGGAAGUGGUGACCUGACCACUCAAACAGCUGCCAGCCAAAAGAACCAUGGACAGAGUCAGUGCCUGACAUAUUUUUGGAGACUGAGAGCAGAGGAAUCUAGUGCAAACACAGCAGCUUUGCAAAGACACGGCUGGAUCACAGAAGUAUUUAAUAGUUGGCAGGUAUUAGCUGGGGCUUCCAAAAAAAAAAAAACCAGAGUUUUAAAGGCUGAAAAUUAUGUGCAGAAAUGGCCUUCAUCUGAAGGGAAAUGUGAAAGCAAAGCAGGACAGAGGGGUCUCUGGUGGUGCUGGCAGAACUGGGAGCUGGAAGCUUCAGUCUUCCUUCCACCCCACUGUGUGGAUUACCUGGGAGAAAGCAAGAGUUUUCUG